GGGCACUAUUUGCUGGAUUAUCCUACCGGCCUUUCCUUUUUCCUCUCUUCUUCCUUUUUCCUCCCCACAAACGAGUGCACGGAUAAUUUCUGGGCGUGGGUGUGCGGCAGUCCAAUCCUACGAAUCGUUCGUGAUACCAUAGAGCUUGGAUACGUUGUCUGCUGCUUGCUUUCAACCGAGCUGGGGCUUCAGGACACGAACCUGCUGUGGGGGAGUCUGCCUCGCGAGAGAGCAAGCACUCCGAGCGGAGAGGAAACAAGCGAGCUGCCCCAGCCCAAUCCCGUGAUGAGGAGCGGGACAUAUUCUACAGGCACAGUGCCUUUGCCUCCGACCAAACAAAUAUCGCCUUGAGGGUUUCCCGUAUCAUGGUUGGUUUAUUCUGACCACGGUGGUUCCCGGUUCGUUCAGUUUGGCGGAAGAUACCGAUGCUAUCGUUGAGCAGGCGACGCUGCUCGCACCCUCUACGUUCUGCUAUCAUAAUAUUGUGGUACAACCCGAUGCGAGAUCAUUGACGUGAGGAUUACCGGUACGUCCAUUUACAACCACCAACGCUAUCGCUAUCACCUGCGCCCACUUCCCCCUUCCCUCCCCCUCCCCUCCCUCGUGUCGAAGCAACAACCCACUUCCUUCUAACGGUUGAAAACCAUCACCACGACCACCACCACAAUCACCAACCCGCGUAGUCAUCAACCGCCGAACAUCAGUGAGCCCAGAAACAAGACAAAAUAAGGCAGAAAAAAAAUGUCCAAUCAAUCACUCAUCCCCUUCCUAGUCUCGGGUCACCUCUUCCACCUCCCCGAAUCCUCCAUCCUCUCGUACCCCUAUAGCAAACUCGCCGACCUGGCUGCAACCUCUCUGGCAGACGACGUAGCGAAGUUAAACCUGCCAGCCGACUCCUUCUCCAUCCUGGCAACCUAUCUCUCCACCAGGACGUUGCCCCCCGCAACGCUGCACCCCGCUUCGCUUAAGGAUGUUUUCAAAACCCUGGGCAUCCCCUUCCCCGAGGUGGGGGAUGGGGGGAACCAGCACGAAGCGAGCUUGGGCGGCGGAUCGCUGAGGAACUGGGAGAAGCACAAUCUGGGGACCAGGGGAAGGGAAGAGUACGAUGAGGAUGCCAGGGAAGAACUGGGAAGGUUGGAGGGAGGUCUAUUCACCUCUAAGAGGGUGGAUGAAGAAGUUGCUGGGUUCGGAGCUUAUCCUGCGUCUCCUACUGCUACCGCUAGUGAUACCACUGCUCCCGGUGGCAGCAGCAGUGGAUGGGCUGGAAAGCUGCCCUCAUAUCACGAACUCGCGCAUUCAUCUUCCUCCGCUGCCGCUGCUGCGGCUGCCGUGGAUGAGAAGAGUGGCGAGGUAGCGGGCGUUCCCGGGAUCACCACAAAGGUCAUAUCCGCAAUGAACCAAAUGUCCCGUAGGAAACCGCGCUUAGUAGUGCUCAUUCCGGCAGAUACGCACUCCCUCAGGGCUGCUGACAAGCCCAUUUGGGCGGCCGAGUCAGAUGAGCAGAUAUCCAGCUACGUUACCAUCUCCGAUGAGCAGAAGGGCAUAGUCCGCCUUCCUAGGCCGUGGACAGGCGAGGAGCUGGAGGAGGCUGUGACCGAGAUCUGGGAGGGGAUUAGCGAGAUAUUUGGUAAGUCCUCUUCCUCUUUUGGUAUCUACAGGGCUCACAGUGACGUAGGCGUAAAUUAUAUUGUGAGGGUUGCGACGGAGGAGGUGGUUAUUCGGCAGUGCAAUGCUAUGGGAUUGUACGAGAGUGUUUCUGGAGACACCGUUGUGGUUUGUGUUUCGCCCAAGUAGUUUCUUUUCGCUCAUGAUCCUGUUCCACUUUCGCGAUACCGUAUUGGUUUUGUGGCUAUUGCUUAUUAAUGAUCUCGUACUUGAUGGGAAUAUGAAUGCAAAUAUGUGUUUUCCUUCUCCCCUUAAUUAUGGAUUGUGCGUGAAGACUGCAUCAACCGAUAUCACCGCCCAUUCAUUAUCCGAAGAUUUAGUCUAUAUGACAGCUAGACCUUUGAGCACUCUGAGUGGGCUGUGGGUACCCUGCCCAAUCGCAGCCAGGGGCUCUAUCGGCUUGACGGCCGAAUGGCUUUCCAUACUGUGCGCCUUACAACUUGACUACGGUACUAUGCCGUGUCGUCCUCUACUUGUACGAGUGAAUAUCUGCUCGCAUAUCUAGCGGCAUUUCUUCGAACACGAGUGCAAUACGAUGAAUACUAGUACUCCCCCGCAAGGCCCACAGCAGGUCCCGUAUCCCCUCGCAUCUCGAGUGCCUCCAACCCACGCCCAGCGAGACUAAAAACACGGACUCCUGAGGAGGAUGCAAUCAAAAGCGACCCAAAAGAAGCAACCUCGAUAACGGAAUCCAUCCCUCCUCAAAAACUCUUGAGCACCCGAGAAAAAAGUUUUUGAGCUUUUAAGAUGCUGUGAGUCAGUCUAUCACCUCUAUUUGUGGUAAAUCCACUCACUCCAUUGACAUCUCAGGCUUGCCAGCGUUCUGGGAGUACAAGUACGGUAUCUACUCGAGUGGGUUACCGGUAUUGUUCCCGCCCGGAGCGGUAGGCCGUAUUAAAACGUGUGUGACAGUGGUACGACGAAGGCUGAGUUCGAGAGCAACCGGAAGGGAUGUGCCAUGUCGUGCAAGGCUGUUUGGGGCUGAAGCAGUUGCACGGUAGCACCCGCUAUUGGGCCACCUCCCCCUUGAUCCCGGGAGGUGCCGAAAGUGAUAUCAUAUUUUUCAGCAUUUUGACACCACACGGAGGUGAAACCGUCAAUCAAUUUUUUUCGACGAGAAGCCUGACAUGUUCCAUACUACUGUACCGGUUCCUGUACUAGUACAGGGUAAACGGUUAGUUUCAGAGUGGACGACGAGGGGUGGAAAUCUGGCUUGGCAAAGCCAUUCCCCAACGAUCAUGAUAAAAGAAACUUUGGGGAAUAAGGGCAUCCUCAGAUGGGGAG